AUGAUUGGCUCCGUAGAAAACUCCGUGAACCAGGCCACCACCACAAAAACGUCAUCGACAACGUCAUCGACGACAUCAUCGCCGUCACCGUCGCUUUCUUCAUCGUCGUCGUCUCCGAUCACACCUCUGAAGCAAAACAACAGCACCAUGUUGUCGUUCAGCGUCGAGGCAAUCAUGGCUUGGAAGAGCGAAAAGGCAAAGAAUUCUUGCAACUCCAUCCGACCACAGACGUACCUGUCGCUACCGUCGCAAACACAACCAGAUCUCACUACCUACAACCACCACAACAGCCACUACAUCAACAACAGCCACGACAACAGCCACAGCAGUUCAAAUAGCAACCACAUUGAUGACAAAUCCUUAGUAUUUUCAACAUCCUCACCGCCACCAACAAUAACGACAACAAAACGAGACGAAACAACAAAAAACACUGACGACGACGACGACGAUGAGGAAGAUGACGACGACGAACUUGAUGUAUCUGACAUGAACAACGAUAGCAGUAGGAAUCACAUCAAAGACAUCAAUCAAAACAACAACAACAUCGACAACAACAACAUCAUCAACAACAUCGAUGAUAAAGCUUCAAUAAUUUUAUCAUCUUCAAUGACAACAGCGCUAACAACAAUUAAACAAAACGAACUCCAGGACGACGACGACGACGACGAUGAUGACGACCUUGACGUUUCCUAUUGUUCGGAUGAUGACAUUGACGAACAUGAAAACGAUACACCGCCGACGUCAUCAUCGCCGACUUCCUGUAAUCAUCAUCAACAUCAUCAUCCUCCUACUCAUCAUCAUCAGCAUCAUCAUCAGCAAGCUCCAUAUAUAUCCAUGCACGAGGCCGUUAAAUGGUCAGCCAAUGCACUACAGUACCCGUGGAUUAGUGCUGUUAUUUUAUUGCUCACUAAUCCAUUUCUAAAUAGCCUUACUUGUUUAUGUUCAUGUUUAGCAAAGACAACAGUAACAAUGACAAAAACAAACAACAACAACAACAACAAUAAUAAUAAAAAGUUUGGCUACCAGUGA